UCACACUUUCUCCCUCCUCACCGCCAGCCCGACCUCCGUCCUCAGCGCAGAACCCUAGAUUACAGAGGCGAAGAAGAGAGUUGGCGAGUUUGUGCCGAGAGGGAUAACCGGUCAUGGAAACCCUAAUGGUGGACCGAGUACAGAGCAGCCUGAGUCAAUUCAUGCACCGGAACGCCAUCUUUCUUUGCGAACGCUUAUGCGCCGAGUUUCCCACAGAGCUGAACUUGCAACUGAUGGCAACUUGUUAUCUGAGGAAUAACCAGCCUUAUUGCGCUUACCAUGUUCUUAAAGGGAAGCAGAUGGCUGUAUCACGCUAUUUGUUCGCACUAUCAUGCUUCCAAAUGAAUCUUCUGAGGGAAGCGGAAGCAUCUCUGUGCCCAGCCAAUGAACCAAACUCCGAGGUUCCAAAUGGUGCAGCUGGUCACUAUCUUCUUGGACUCAUUUACAGGUGCACAAGCAGACGGGCAUUUGCUAUCGAGCACUUUAUGCAGGCUUUGGCCAUAGAUCCUCUUUUGUGGGCUGCAUAUGAGGAGCUGUGUGUGCUGGGUGCUGCGGAAGAGGCAAAUGAAUGCUUUAGUGAUGCCAUUGCUGUUCGAAUUCAGCCACAGUAUUUCUUUGAGUCAAGUUCUCAGAGCAUAGAUGGAGCUAAUGAGGAUCAUAACCUUCCUUCCAGUAGGUCAGUGGGCUCACAGGAUAGUCCGAAGCAAUCAAAGCAAAUUCAUGCUGCCAACAAUAUGCCCUAUUAUCCUCAGGGGGUAGUAACUACAGCUAACUGUAUACCUUCUAAUUUACCACUGUAUAACACACCGUCUCCGCCGGUAACACAGCUAUCUGGUAUUGUUCCACCUCCUGUGUAUAGAAAUGCAUACUUAAACGCUUUAGGUGGAGAUGUUUCUUCCAAACCUAAUGCUCAUGCCACCACUCAGGCUCCAAGAAGAAAGUUCAUGGAUGAAGGGAAACUUAGAAAGGUUUCAGGGAGGCUCUUUUCUGGUUCGGAUUCUGGACCCAGAAGAAGUGCAAGACUUUCUGGAGAUGCAAUGGCUAAUGUCAAUCUUCAUUCUUCCCAAACUGGAGCAAAUGGCACAAAUUACUCUUCCGCAAAAUUUCUAGGAGGAUUUCCUUCAUCUAAAAUGGGCUCAUCAGCUCUUCGUUCUGUGUCAAAUCGGAAGGGGCAACAAUUGUCUGCUGAAAGUUUUGAUGAAGGGAGAAGACCAGACACUCUUGAUGUUCCGUGGUCUCAGGCUUCUGCAGCAGCUUCAUCUUCAUUAUCGAUGCUGUCCGAUGGUGCAAAUACUGACCAAGAAAGAGGACAUCCUGCUAGUUGUGGAACUUCAGGUCAUGAAUCAGGGGUUAUAACUGGUGUCAAGGACCUAUUAUUCCUCUUACGAAUUCUUGGAGAAGGCUAUAGGCUUUCUUUUCUAUACAGGUGCCAGGAUGCAUUAGAAAUUUAUCUUAAACUUCCACAGCAUCAGUAUAAUACGGGUUGGGUCUUAUCCCAGGUAGGAAAACUAUACUUUGAACUGGUAGAGUAUUUUGAGGCUGACCGAUUAUUUGAUUUAGCCCGUCGCCUAUCGCCAUGCACAUUAGAGGGAAUGGAUGCUUACUCGACUGUUCUAUAUCAUUUGAAGGAAGAAAUGAAGCUAAGUUAUCUUGCUCAAGAACUAGUCUCCAUCGAUCGAUUAUGUCCUCAAGCAUGGUGUGCUAUGGGUAAUUGCUACAGUUUACAAAGAGAUCAUGAAACAGCGCUAAAGAAUUUCCAACGUGCAGUUCAACUAGAUUCAAGAUUUGCCUAUGCUCAUACGCUCUGUGGCCAUGAAUAUAUUGCUCUCGAGGACUAUGAUAACGGGAUAAAGUGCUUUCACAGCGCUCUCCAAGUAAAUGAACGACAUUAUAACUCUUGGUAUGGCCUAGGAAUUGUAUUCCUUCGCCAAGAAAAAUUCGAGUUUGCAACACAUAAUUUUCAUAGAGCUUAUCACAUAAACCCACGUUCUUCCAUCAUCAUGUCCUAUUUGGGAAUGGCUUUGCAUUCUUUGAAGAGAAAUGACGAGGCGUUGGUGCUGAUUGACAAGGCCAUUAUAGCGGAUAAGAAGAACCCACUUCCAAUGUAUGAGAAGGCUAACAUUCUCGUAAGCUUAGAGAGAUAUGAUGAGGCUCUGAAUGUUUUGAAGCAGCUAAUAGAGUUUUCUCCGCGGGAGAGCAGCGUGUACGCAUUGAUGGGAAAGAUUUACAAGAUCCUUAACAUGCAUGACAAGGCAAUGUUUUAUUUUGGAACUGCCCUGGAUUUAAGGCCUCCAGCAGCUGAUGUCGCAGUCAUAAAGUCUGCGAUGGAGAAACUGAACUUGCCUGAUGAAUUGGAGGAUUCAUUGUAAACCAAGUGUUUGAAGGAAGGUCCGACGGCGAACGUCUGAAGCCGGCCUGCCUGGGCUUUCGGGCAAUCCGUUCUUUAGAACCCCGACGGAGAAGAAGUUUCCGGAAGCUGGUGCGGGUUCUAGAGUGUAAGAUAAACCAUUUCUCAUUUUUGUAGCAUUAGGAUGUAAUUAGGAGAUUCAAUUUAAUACCUUUUUUUAAGUGUGUAAUGAUAAAUUCUUACUUGUAAGUGCAAGAACAUGAGCCAUAGGAAAAUGUAGUUCAAUUCCUAUUAUUAUUAUUAUUUUAAUAUUUGUAGCAUUUCAUUUGAAUCUAAA